AUGGCGCAACCAAACUUCUCGGUCGGGCGCAUGCUACUCCUCUUGACAGCCUUCGCUACUCUCGCAAUGUCCUGCAUUUCCGCCUUCAACGACUUCAAGUACGCUGACAAUGCCACUCUACUCAAGGAGACCAUCGCGCAGUAUGAAGCCAACCCUGCCAUGGGAUGGGCGCACCUGCUGGGCGGCACAAGUCCUCUGAAGCCAUGGCCAAAGGACGAAAGCGGCCUUGUGAACAUCAGGUACUGCUGGCCCAACCUCGAUACCAAAGCCAAGCUCGGGAAUCCCAAGGUCCCGAGCGGUACUCUUGUCAUCCAGAUCGACGAGACCAGAACUGUUGAAGGCUAUGCAACGAUUGAGUACAACCCAGAAGAGUGGGAUAAUCGUUCUCAUCGCAACCAGAUUCGCCUGGGUUGGGCUCAGUGGCACGCUGACUAUCCACCAAUGCAGCACUGGCUUGCCGCCCACGAGAUCGGUCAUCUCCUUAGCCUUACGCACGAGCACCAGCGUGCCGACCGGGAACACUACCCUUCGAAUGCAAGAACCUGGUCGGCUACGCCAAGGCCGAAAUUAUCGCCCGCACCCAUCCGACUAUGA